ACAAAUCAGAUGCAAACGGAACCUUUAUCUUCAUCUCCCAACACUGUGUCACCGGUGCCAUUAAAUAAUCUCAGCAGUGCUCCAAGGUCGGGAACGGUUAUUCCAAAUCGCAUCUUUGUAGGAGGAAUUGAUGUUGAGACUAAUGAAAAUGAUCUGAGGAAGUUUUUUGCUCGGUAUGGCAGAGUAAAAGAAGUGAAGAUAGUAAAUGACAGAGCUGGAAUAUCAAAGAGGUACGGCUUCAUUACUUUUGAAACAGUAGAAGAUGCACAGAAGAUUUUACAAGAGACUGAAAAACUUGAUUACAAGGAUAAGAAAUUGAAUAUUGGUCCAGCUAUAAGAAAACAAAUAAGGAGUCCUCGUUCUACUGUAAUACCAGAAGCUGGUACAACAUACUUAACUACUUCAAGUGGAUGUCCUUAUAUUUAUCAUAAUGGAGUGGCUUAUUUUCCUAUGCCUGAAGUUCCUUCUGUUCCGCAGCCAUGGCCAUUGUGCUCUGUUUCCAGUUCACCUGUGAUGGUAGCUCAACCGGUUUGUCAGUCUCCUACAUACCAUUAUCAGGCACCAACACAGUAUCUUCAAAGUCAGUGGCAGUGGUCUGUUCCACAGUCACCUGCCUCUUCACCUUCAGUUUUGUAUGUGCAGCCAUCUGAAGUAAUAUAUCAGCCAAUAGGGAUUACCCAGGAAAGUGGAUGUGUACCACCAACUUCUCUCCUACUGGAAGCUGCAGUUCCAGAGUUGUAUUCUGAUCCUGGAGUUCAAGCACCACAUCACCAGCCUUUUGCCCAGAGUGCCAUAGUCAUGCCUACACCUGUGAGUAUCAAACUAAGAUAG